UCUUGUGCCAUUCACCGAGCGACAAGGGAACUACUGGGAACCGUCGAACACGACGAGGAUCUUCCACUCUUUCAAUUUUUUAGUUUUUCUGACGAAUUUAUAUUUUAAUUUUUUUAAAUUCAAUAAUAAAGAAUUUUCCAUCACCAUGAGGGAAAUCGUACAUCUCCAGGCUGGUCAGUGCGGAAACCAAAUUGGCGCAAAGUUUUGGGAAGUCAUUUCAGAGGAGCACGGCAUUGACCAGACUGGGGUUUAUCAUGGCGAGACUGACCUGCAACUGGAACGAAUUUCUGUUUACUACAAUGAGGCAUCUGUUGCCACAGCCUCUAGUGGAGGGAAAUACGUUCCUCGAGCAAUUCUCCUCGACCUUGAACCCGGAACCAUGGAAGCUGUUCGUUCCGGAGCCUAUGGAAAAUUAUUCCGCCCCGACAAUUUCGUCUUUGGCCAAUCCGGAGCCGGAAACAAUUGGGCCAAAGGUCACUACACCGAAGGAGCCGAAUUAGUCGACUCAGUUCUCGAUGUUGUCCGGAAAGAAUGUGAAAACUGCGACUGUCUCCAGGGUUUCCAACUAACCCACUCCCUCGGAGGUGGUACCGGAUCCGGAAUGGGCACCCUCCUCAUUUCGAAAAUUCGGGAAGAAUACCCUGACCGUAUCAUGAACACCUACUCCGUGAUGCCAUCACCCAAAGUUUCAGAUACAGUCGUCGAACCCUACAAUGCAACCCUAUCAGUUCACCAACUUGUGGAGAACACAGACGAGACCUACUGCAUUGAUAAUGAAGCCCUUUAUGACAUAUGUUUCCGAACUCUCAAGGUGGCCAAUCCAUCCUAUGGAGACCUUAACCAUCUGGUUUCGUUGACCAUGUCCGGAGUCACCACCUGUUUGAGGUUCCCUGGUCAGCUGAAUGCUGACCUCAGAAAACUUGCAGUCAACAUGGUACCAUUUCCGAGAUUGCAUUUCUUCAUGCCAGGAUUUGCACCCCUAACUUCAAGAUCCAUGCAACAAUAUUCACUACUGUCAGUUCCGGAAUUGACUCAGCAGAUGUUUGAUGCGAAAAAUAUGAUGGCAGCUUGUGAUCCAAGACAUGGAAGGUACCUAACUGUGGCUGCAGUUUUCAGAGGAAGGAUGUCUAUGAAGGAGGUUGAUGAACAGAUGUUGAGUGUCCAGAAUAAGAACAGUUCCUACUUUGUCGAAUGGAUUCCUAACAAUGUGAAGACUGCUGUUUGCGAUAUUCCACCCAGAGGGUUGAAGAUGUCGGCCACUUUCAUCGGAAACACUACAGCCAUUCAGGAACUUUUCAAAAGAAUUUCUGAGCAGUUUACUGCUAUGUUCAGGAGAAAGGCUUUCUUGCAUUGGUACACUGGAGAAGGCAUGGACGAGAUGGAAUUUACUGAAGCAGAAUCGAAUAUGAAUGAUUUGGUCUCCGAGUAUCAACAGUAUCAGGAAGCAACUGCUGAGGAAGAUUUUGAGGUUGAGGAGGGUGGAGAUGAUUUUGAAGCCUGUGACCAGGAGUGAGGAAUUUAUUUUGCGAGGAUGAGGGUUUUCUACUUUUUAAAAAUGGAAUUUUUCCGAAAAAUUUUUUAUAAGGGAAAAAUGGUGUUGGGUGUACCAAAGGGCAAUUGCCAAAAAGAUUAGAGGAAAAGAAAAAGUGAUUUUGACAUGAGACGAUUGAUGAAUGACAUAUUUAUUCUUUUCGAAAUUAAAUUGAAAAAAUCGUUAUAUAUAAACUAAUUAAGGUUUAACUAGAAAUGUGGAAUUUUGUCCAUAUUAUUAAUUUUCUUUAUAGACUGAAGCCGUUUUAUUUAAUUGUAAUGUAGAUUAAAUUGAUUUUAAGUUUCGCAAGGCUUAACGUUUUGCCGAUCAGAAAAAUGAUUUUUACUCUUUAAGACUUUUACCUUACUUUUUGCAAAGUUUGUACUUAGAUUUUAAG